AUGGGUGAGGCUGAGGCUGAGUAUUGGCAGAGAGCUGUUGCUGUGGGGGAGUGUUGGCAGAGAGUUGUUGCUGUGCCGAGGUGUUGGCAGAGAGCUGGCGUUGAAGAUGCGUGUUGGCAGAGAGUUGUUGCUGUGCCGAGGUGUUGGCAGAGAGCUGGCGUUGAAGAGGAGUGUUGGCAGAGAGUUGUUGCUGUGCCAAGGUGUUGGCAGAGAGUUGUUGCUGUGCCGAAGUGUUGGCAGAGAGCUGGCGUUGUGUCUGGGUGUUGGCAGAGAGUUGUUGCUGUGGAAGAGAGUUGGCAGAGAGCUGGCGUUGUGGGGGAGUGUUGGCAGAGAGCUGGCGUUGAAGAUGAGUAUUGGCAGAGAGUUGUUGCUGUGCCAAGGUGUUGGCAGAGAGUUGUUGCUGUGCCGAAGUGUUGGCAGAUAGCUGGUGCUGAAGAGGGGUGUUGGCAGAGAGCUGGCGUUGAAGAUGAGUGUUGGCAGAGAGCUGGCGUUGUGUCUGGGUGUUGGCAGAGAGUUGUUGCUGUGGAAGAGAGUUGGCAGAGAGCUGGCGUUGUGUCUGGGUGUUGGCAGAGAGAUGGCGUUGUGUCUGGGUGUUGGCAGAGAGUUGUUGCUGUGCCGAAGUGUUGGCAGAUAGCUGGUGCUGAAGAGGGGUGUUGGCAGAGAGCUGGCGUUGAAGAUGAGUGUUGGCAGAGAGCUGGCGUUGUGUCUGGGUGUUGGCAGAGAGUUGUUGCUGUGGAAGAGAGUUGGCAGAGAGCUGGCGUUGUGUCUGGGUGUUGGCAGAGAGAUGGCGUUGUGUCUGGGUGUUGGCAGAGAGUUGUUGCUGUGGAAGAGAGUUGGCAGAGAGCUGGCGUUGUGUCUGGGUGUUGGCAGAGAGUUGUUGCUGUGCCGAGGUGA